AUGCACCGGGACUUGAAGCGUGGCAACGUGCUGGUGUCAUCAUCGCUUCGCGCCAAGAUUACGGACUUUGGGUCCAUUUGCCAGUGCUUCACGCGUGACAGGAACCAGCACCAGCAGCACACACGCCUCUCCUCCACCUCAAGCCAUGAUCCCCUGUACAGCCAGCAGGCCGGACUGCAAACGAUGCCGAACAUGACACUGACGGCAGGGGUGGGCACGCCGCAGUACAUGGCGCCAGAGGCACUGACGGGCUACAAGUACAGCUUCGAAGCUGAUGCGUUCAGCUUUGGCGUACUGAUGUGGGAGGUGGCGACACAGCGUGUGCCUGACUUGAUUGAGCAGGAGAAGGGGAGCGGGUAUCGGGGACCAAUCCCCGCCACCAUCAGCAAUCUUUUGGAGGAUGGGAAGCGGUUGCGAUUUGAUGAUGAUGAAGAAGAUGUCAUUCCUGAGUGGUUCCAGUCGCUGACAUAG